CGCGUGCUCCGUCGGCGUCCAGAUCCUGUUCGUUUUCGUAGCUCGCCUAGAGGGCGUGUAGUCUACUGGAGAACUCCCUACAUCCGUCCUCCAUUACCGCACUGCCUCCGGUGGCUGCUGGGAUAUCGGGCGCCUGGUCUAGGCACUACUCAGUCCUCCAGCUGCCCAGGAAUACCUCCAGUUCGGCCGCGGCCCGCCGGCCUUCCUUGCCCCGCCCCGUCCGUGCGGCGCGUCCGGUCCGCUCGCGGGCCAGCUUCUCUCGGGAGCCCCCACCCAGGCGCAUGGCUCCAUGAAGCAGAAGAAGACAGAGCGCGAGAGGUGCCGUCCGUCCCGGCUGCGCCUGGACCAAGAGAGAAGGUACAGGAAGAAGGAAUGGAAUCAGAAGGAAGAAAAUUCAUUUCAGAGACAAAGUAGCUCCCCUCUUUUGUAGCUGUUCCCCUGGAAAUACAAACUUUCUGCUUUCAAGUUCUCUAGCAUUCCAAACCUCAAGCACUGAAUCAGGAUGGGAAAAAGACGUUGUGUUCCUCCACUCGAGCCCAAGUUGGCAGCAGGCUGUUGUGGGGUCAAGAAGCCCAAGUUAUCUGGAAACGGAACACACACUCACGGGAACCAGUCCACAACUGUCCCUGGCUCUAGUUCAGGACCUCUUCAAAACCACCAGCAUGUGGAUGGCAGCAGUGGUCGGGAGAAUGUGUCAGACUUAACUCUGGGACCUGGAAACUCUCCCAUUACACGAAUGAAUCCCGCAUCGGGAGCGCUGAGCCCUCUUCCCCGACCCAAUGGAACUGCCAACACCACCAAGAAUCUGGUGGUGACUGCAGAGAUGUGCUGCUACUGCUUUGAUGUCCUCUACUGUCACCUCUAUGGCUUCCCACAGCCACGACUUCCUAGAUUCACCAAUGACCCCUAUCCGCUCUUUGUGACAUGGAAGACAGGGCGGGACAAGCGGCUUCGUGGCUGCAUUGGGACCUUCUCAGCCAUGAAUCUUCAUUCAGGACUCAGGGAAUACACGUUAACCAGUGCACUUAAGGACAGUCGAUUCCCCCCUCUGACCCGAGAGGAGCUGCCUAAACUUUCCUGCUCUGUCUCCCUCCUUACUAACUUUGAGGAUGCCAUUGAUUACCUGGACUGGGAGGUAGGGGUCCAUGGGAUUCGAAUUGAAUUUGUCAAUGAAAAAGGCAUCAAACGUACAGCCACAUAUUUACCUGAGGUUGCUAAGGAGCAAGACUGGGAUCAGAUCCAGACAAUAGAUUCCUUACUCAGAAAAGGUGGCUUUAAGGCUCCGAUUACCAGUGAAUUCAGAAAAACGAUCAAGCUUACCAGGUACCGAAGUGAGAAGGUGACAAUCAGUUAUGCAGAAUAUAUUGCUUCACGACAGCACUGUUUCCAGAAUGGCACUCUUCAUGCCCCGCCCCUCUACAAUCAUUACUCCUGACACAAGGCUGCAUGACCAGUCCCACCCCCCUGUGGCCACGAAUGGCUAUGACAUCAUUGGAGCAGAUGCCUCCUCUUCCUGGUCCAGUUACUUCUAUUACUGCACCAUUUUAUGAUGCUAGCUUCCGUUGCCAAGUCUGCCUCCAGCUGACCGGUGGGGGCGGGGGGACAUUAUAUUGAAUGAAACAACUUGAGGGGCCCAAGCCUUAUCUCAGCCUUUCCUCAUUAUGGGGUUCCAUUGGAUUGGGGCUCCUCCAUGACUAGUGAGAAUUGCCGUGUGGGUUCAGAAGAUCCUUGGCAUGCAAGUGGCUACCUGUGUGUUGGCCACACAGUGGAAGCUGGAAUUGAUGAUUCUUGAAGGCUCAACCCACAGGCACCCUUAUAGCCUCCCCAGAUUAAGGAGGUGUAUUCCCUGGCAGUCUGGGCAACGGAGACCAACAAGAAACAUUUUUAGGUUGUUUUAAAUUCCUUUUUUUAAAUCUCCAGUUUAUUGCAUACCAACAGUUGAUCACAACCUCCAUGCUUCAUAAGUGGACGCCAUGUUAGGGUUGAAUGUGGGUACUUUGAGUCCUUCGAGGCUCCUGGACAGAAACCCACAUCGUAUUGGAUGGCGUGGCAGAUCUCAUUGCUCAAUCAGCCUUCAAGGAUUUAAUUUUCAUCCUAUUAGCAGUUGGAUGUUCUGACACUUCUUCCAUUGAGUCUCCUGGUAUUGAACAGAGAGAGCUCUGUGGUGUAACCUGCUGAGGAAUGAACUGGGAUGCCUGCAGGAGGUCCUGACAUCAUUGCUACAUGCAGUGUGAAAGGAGAGACUGUUUCCUUACCACCCGGCUACCUCACUCCUUUACUGGUAGCAGUGCCUAUAGCUGGAUCUAGGUUCACAGAAGACAUAUUCAAACAAGCACCUGGGUUGGGCUUUAGAAAGACACGUUGUCACAGGAGAGAAUAUAGGAUCUCCAAGCUAUUUUUUUUCUUUUCAGGCAACCAUCUUUAAGGGACUUAAAAAACAGUGGAAUUUCUUUUUCUAGUUUCCCUGUAGAAGUGAGAAAACAGUUUAUAAUUUAGUCCUUUAUAGGACUUAAGAACAAAGCUGUGUAAUUAAACAAGGUGAAUUGUUAUCUUGCUUAAUAUGCUGGGAAUUUUCACCGCAUCAGGGCAGAGCCAAGUAGCUCAUUUUAUUCUAGGUCAUUUAGAUUUUCAUGUGGCAUAUUUCCCUUUCCCAGUGUUGCUUACUCUAAAUAGCUCUCAGCAACUUUUCUCUUUCCUCUUGCCUGUUCUCUCACUGGUGGCAAAGUUUAUAGAAUUAAGGAGGUGAAAGGUGCUUUGGAAACAUUGUCAUGGAGGCACUGCUGAAAUUAAUCACAGGUAGGAGGUGGCCAGUUGGAAGAAAAGACUGUAAGGGUAAUACACUGGUUUUCAACAACAUGCAAGUGGAUUGGGUGUCAACCUCGUGGACAAUGUUUUGAUUUAAUUUAUUUUAAAAAGUUUAUGUGGUGAUGGUAUGGCUUUCCAAAUGGGCAAAUAGUAAAGUCUAACAGAAAUGGGGUGGAGGGAACAAGGACACAGCGUAAGAAAUGACAUGUGCUAUUACAGGCAUUGCUGUCUCAUUUCCUGGAAGAGGUGAAUAGAGGUGAGGUGAGCAGAUAUGCUUGGCAUCUUCUGUUCAUGAGGAUGUGGACUGCAGGGGGAAUGGGCCAGCAGCAGGAUGCCGGGCUGCAUUCCUGCAUCCUGCCACUCUUCCUACAGAGUUACUGAAAACUAUUGAAGAUGAAGGAUUCUUUCAUGAUUUCCUGCUGCUGAGAAUAAUAAAUAUCUUAUUACACACGCGACAACAGUUAUUUUAGGUGCCACGGAUUGAUGUCAGGGUGGUCAGUUUGGGACUAAACCACCCACCUUCAAUUUGUACAACAGUAUUGAUACAUAGGGCUACACUCAUUACUGUUCAAAUGUUCUAUGUUAAAAGUUGUGUUUAAUUUCUAAAGAUUUAAAAAAUCAAAAAAAUUGGUGCUAAAAUUUUAUCCCUGAGCAUGCUCAGUGAAACUGGUCAUGCAAGCAUUUACAGUGCCAUGCUCUUCAAGCCUUUUUUUUUCUUGUAGAAAUGUUGCCCUAUUUUAUUUUAUUGAGGGUGGGGUAGGAUACCUGCCAUUUAAGGAAAUGAACAAAAUUUAAAACCUGCAAAAUGCAGGGGAAAGAGAAUCAGUGCACAAGAAUUGGGCUGGUUAAGACCAGCACCACACUGCAGUGGGCUCAGUAUUUGUGGAGAAGCCUUACUCUGCAUGUUCCUUCAUGCUCCAUACAAGUCCAGCAACGGAGGUGCUCGAGAUCCUCUUGCUUGUCAAGAGUACUUGAGUUGACGAAGAAAAUUAUUUGGCCCUAUAAGCAAUGGCACUAUAAGUGUCCAUUCCAAAUGGGGGCUAUUCAGGAAGCAGUCUUGGAGUAGAUGGUCAUGGUCACCUCAUAAAGAUGUGUGGCAGUGGCUCUCUGGAAAGAUACUAAGUCUGGAUCAUCCAUGUGGCAGCUUUGUGUAGGGGGAUGAUGGCUCUAAACUGAAACUGAACUGCCUUCCACUCACUUAACCAAUGCAGUGAUGAGGAUGGCCAAUGUGUGAGUGGUGGGUUUAAAGAGAAGGGGUUUUUUUGCUUGGUGUUUUGUUAGUCCUUGUGCUGCUCAAGCUGAACAGUAGGUGACCACUGUUUUAAAGGGACCAGCCUAACUUGGCUGGUUUGGUUCAGAAUUUGUUUCAUCCCUAGCUGUGAGUGCCUUUUGAUCUGGAAAGUUAGGUUGUUUCAUAAUACCCACAGCUGGGACAUUCUCUCUGUAAUUAUGAAUUGUGUUUGUUUUAUAUUAAAAGAGAAUGUCUUUGAUCUCACUAGAGUUUGUCGGUAUUAGAUUGUUUCCACUGUGAGUUUCUUAAACUUUUUCGCUUCAUAAUUAAUAAAGCAAUUCAUGUUAGAGUCUCUUUCAACAUGAAAGGUUUGUAAUUGAGACAUUUUAUUGUUUAUAAUAAAAAUAAUCUAUACAGGAGUGUUAGGUGUUAUUUUAAUAUUUGCACAAAAUCUGUUUUCCAUGUUAACACCUACAGUUUCACUAACUGUUGAUGUCGUUUUCUGUUGAGAUUCUGGAGCUUAGGGAGCUUGUGGGGCUUUUUUUGUUUUCUGUUUUCAUCCUUAUUUCCCUGAAGCAAGAGACUUUGUAUGGCCUUCAAGUGCAAGGACUUCAGACCAAUUCUUCAUAUUACACUUGGUUGCCUCUUGGCUAUAUAACUUCUGAGUGCAAAUCAUUGAACUCUUUAACAAAGUAUUGUAGAGAAUAAAUCAUAAUGGGUAAAAA